GGGCAAGCAGCGAAGAGGGUGAAUGCUGCCCCGCGCUGCACUCGGCCGUUCCUCUCGUCGUGUAUCACGCUCUCCGAAACGGUUCAUCAGCAUUCCGUACCGCAGAAUGGCUGGCGUCGCCUCCACGUAUGACGAGCCCGUCCACAUUGCCGUCAUUGGCGGCACGGGCAUCCAGUCGCUCCCCGGCUUCACCCUUGCCGCGUCGCUGAAGAUUGACACGCCGUGGGGCCAGCCGUCGUCGCCCAUCUCCAUCCUGCACCACCCCUCGCCCUCGACGGGCAAGCCCAUUCCCAUCGCCUUCCUCUCGCGCCACGGCCUGCACCACGAGCUCGCCCCGCAUGAGGUCAAGAACCGCGCCAACAUCGCCGCCCUGAGGAGCAUCGGCGUGCGCACCAUUGUCGCCUUCUCGGCCGUCGGCUCGCUGCAGGAGGAGGUGCACCCGCGCGACUUCGUCGUGCCCGACCAGAUCAUCGACCGCACCAAGGGCAUCCGGCCCUUUACCUUCUUCGAGGGCGGCAUGGUGGGCCACGUCGGCUUCGGCGACCCCUUCGACACGAGCCUGGCCAAGAUUGUGCGUCGCUGCGGGCACUCGCUCGAGGGCGAGGGCGUCCGUCUGCACGACACGGGUCUGCUCAUCUGCAUGGAGGGCCCGCAGUUCUCUACCCGCGCCGAGUCGAACCUGUACCGCUCUUGGGGCGGAUCCGUCAUCAACAUGUCGGCGCUGCCCGAGGCGAAGCUGGCGCGCGAGGCCGAGAUUGCCUACCAGAUGAUCUGCAUGGCCACAGACUACGACUGCUGGAGAGGAGGCCCGGACGAGGACGUCAACGUGGAGAUGGUUAUGGCACACAUGAAGGCCAAUGCCGAGAACGCCCGACGCUUUGUCGGCGCCGUCCUCGACGAGUUGAGCAAGGAGGAGCACAGCGAGCUGGUGCUCGCCAAGCAUCUUGAGGGCCAGAUGAGGUUUGCCGGCGCCAUGACACACAAGCACGCCCGCGGGCCGGCGGAGAAGAAGCUGCAAUGGCUCUUCCCAGGCUACUUCGAUUAGGCACUGCAAUGGGCAGAAUAACUGCCGAACGUCCCUAUCGCCUGUAGAAGUCGCCUCAACUAUCCACAUAGAGCACAGUAUCUGGCCGGCAACGGCAACGGCAACGAACUUUACGAGCGCGACCCAGAGCAUAUCUAGAUGUUGACCUUGCGUCUUACCCUAAUCCCAUGCCAUCAGAUCGCCCAAAGAGGAAGGUCAAUAAUUCCUCCAAAAACCCCGUCCCAGCCAGCCAUCGAGUUCCCGCAUUGCGAUAUGCACUCGAUGCUAGCGGCCGCUGUCCCGUGCCCCGCGGAGAGCAACGCGUCGAACCGAC